UCAAAUCACUGCCCGGCCACUCAGAGCACAACAGACGCGUUACGCAUGAGGAACUUUUACGGCCGGGGCGACAUUGAGUGGAGCGGAACAGAGGGACUGUCACGUCUCGAGUGGUUAUAGAGAGCUCUCAUGGUGCUGGUUAGCGAUCUACCCACAUCAUUCUCCCGUGUUUUCCACGAAGGAAAGGAGGUGAAAACUACUCGCCGCCAUUUUUUGGAAGUGACUGACUGGGAGUAGGGAGUUAGCUGUAAAUUGGCUAGAUUUGAAGGGCCCCAGCUGAUUUAGUUUAUAUUCCCUGUGAGUCAUCACCUUCAGCGCUGUCAGUGCCGACAGUUUGGACGCUGUAAAUACACCGACUCUUCUUCACUAUACGAGCUGCCGAGGAAAUAAACGAAAGAGAUUUUGUUUACAAAUCUCUCCUGUUUUCUCACAGUUUCCUCCCAUGCUAACUGGUGUGGGCUAGGUUAGCCACAUUAGCACGUUGAGGUUUUCUCUUGGAGUGCUCUCAAACCUGGCCUGGUGGACGGUGCACUCUAGGUCCUCGUGGUGGCACGCUAUUCUCCGUGCCGUCCAUGCACAACUCACCACGUGCCCCACCGCGUGCGAGAACCACAUUAUAGCGACCACGAGGAGGUUAACCCAAUGUGACUCUACCCACCCUAGCAACCGGGCCAAUUUGUUGCUUAGGAAGCCUGACUGGAUUCACUGAGCACGCCCUGGAUUCGAACUUGCAACUCCAGGUCUCAAUGCAUAUACUGCCUCCCUCUGGCAGAUGAGUAACCAGCGGGGCCUGACGUGUCGCAGUCGCACGGCCAGAUAGUCCUCUGCGAGUGCGCCGGGUCCCCUGGCUCGCAGCAUGCCCACCACCAGCCGGGCAGGGAGCCUGAAGGACCCCGAUAUUGCAGAGCUCUUCUUCAAGGAGGACCCCGAGAAGCUCUUCACAGACCUUCGUGAGAUUGGUCAUGGCAGCUUCGGUGCUGUUUAUUUUGCCCGAGAUGUGCGGACUGCAGAGGUGGUGGCCAUCAAAAAGAUGUCCUACAGUGGGAAACAGUCCAAUGAGAAAUGGCAGGAUAUCAUUAAGGAAGUCAAAUUCCUCCAGAGAAUACAACACCCAAACAGCAUAGAAUAUAAAGGAUGCUACCUGCGGGAACACACAGCAUGGCUUGUCAUGGAGUAUUGUUUGGGGUCAGCCUCUGAUCUCCUUGAAGUUCACAAAAAGCCUCUUCAGGAAAUUGAGAUUGCAGCAAUUACCCAUGGUGCUUUGCAGGGCCUUGCCUACCUUCAUUCCCAUAACAUGAUUCACAGGGAUAUCAAAGCUGGGAAUAUCCUGCUUACCGAGCCUGGACAAGUCAAACUGGCAGACUUCGGAUCUGCCUCCAUCGCCUCUCCAGCCAACUCUUUUGUGGGGACACCAUAUUGGAUGGCCCCUGAAGUGAUUCUAGCCAUGGAUGAGGGACAGUAUGAUGGAAAGAUUGACAUCUGGUCUCUUGGGAUCACCUGCAUAGAACUAGCGGAAAGGAAGCCCCCUCUGUUUAACAUGAAUGCGAUGAGUGCCUUAUACCACAUAGCGCAGAAUGAGAGCCCCACGCUGCAGUCAAGUGAAUGGACGGAUUAUUUGAGAAAUUUUGUCGACUCUUGCCUUCAGAAAAUCCCCCAAGACAGACCACACUCUGAUGAUCUGUUGCAGCAUGCCUUCGUCCAGCGAGAGAGGCCAGAAUCUGUCCUGAUGGACUUAAUUUUGCGGACAAAAGACGCUGUCCGAGAGUUGGACAACCUGCAGUACCGCAAGAUGAAAAAGAUCCUCUUUCAGGAGGCCCACAACGGUCCGACAGCCGAGACCCAGGAGGGAGAUGAGGAGCCGGAGCAUGGUGCUGGGCGUACGGGCACAGUGAGCAGUGUAGGCAGUAACCAGUCCAUUCCCAGCAUGUCCAUCAGCGCAAGCUCUCAGAGCAGCUCUGUGAACAGCCUUCCAGACGCUGCUGAUGACAAGAGUGACCAUGACCUGGAGAAGGACCACACUGUGAUGUCUAACAGUUCGGUCAUACACCUCAAGCCUGAAGGAGAGGAAGUUUACCAUGAGGAUCCUGAGACACGUCCUGGUCCUACAGAUGCCCCAGCAGCACCUGCACAGCCCCCACAACGCAAGCACCAUCGCAACCGCGAGCACUUUGCCACGAUUCGCACAGCGUCUCUGGUGACACGGCAGAUGCAGGAACACGAGCAGGACUCUGAGCUGAGGGAGCAGAUGUCUGGUUACAAGCGCAUGAGACGGCAGCACCAGAAGCACCUUAUGGCUCUGGAGAACAAGCUGAAAGCAGAGAUGGAUGAACACAGGCUGAGAUUGGACAAAGAGCUGGAGGCCCAGAGAAACAGCUUUGCCACAGAGAUGGAAAAACUGGUGAAAAAAAACCAAGCAGCCAUGGAAAAAGAUGCCAAGUUAUUUUCCACUGAUGAGAAGAAGUUCCAACAGCACAUUCAGGCCCAGCAGAAGAAAGAGCUCAGUAGCUUCCUGGAGUCACAGAAACGAGAGUACAAGCUACGCAAAGAGCAACUGAAAGAGGAGCUCAAUGAGAACCAGUCCACCCCUAAGAAGGAGAAGCAGGAGUGGCUGUCAAAGCAGAAGGAGAACUUUCAGCACUACCAGGCAGAGGAGGAGGCCAACCUGCUCCGCCGACAGCGGCAGUACCUGGAGCUCGAGUGUCGCCGCUUUAAACGGCGAAUUCUAAUUGCAAGACACAAUGUGGAGCAGGACCUUUUACGGGAGGAGCUCAAUAAGCGUCAGACACAGAAAGAUCUUGAACACGCCAUGCUCCUACGCCAUCAUGAGUCCAUGCAGGAGUUGGAGGUGAGGCAGCUGGGUACCAUUCAGAAGAUGCGUACAGAGCUGAUCCGCCUGCAGCACCAGACGGAGCUCACCAACCAGCUGGAGUACAACAAACGCAGAGAGCGAGAGCUGCGCAGAAAACAUGUCAUGGAGGUCCGACAACAGCCCAAGAGCCUUAAGUCCAAAGAGCUGCAGAUCAAGAAGCAGUUCCAAGACACGUGUAAGAUUCAGACACGACAGUACAAGGCCCUGCGUAACCACCUUCUGGAGACCACGCCCAAGUCUGACCACAAGCUUGUGCUGAAGAGAUUGAAGGAGGAGCAGACCAGAAAAUUAGCCAUCCUUGCUGAGCAGUACGACCAUUCCAUCAAUAACAUGCUCUCCACACAAGCUUUGCGUUUGGAUGAGGCACAAGAGGCUGAGUGUCAGGUGCUAAAGAUGCAGCUGCAACAGGAGCUGGAGUUACUGAAUGCCUAUCAGAGCAAGAUCAAGAUGCAGACUGACGCGCAGCACGACCGUGAGAGGAAAGAGUUGGAGCAAAGGGUCUCGCUGCGAAGAGCUCUACUUGAGCAGAAGAUUGAAGAGGAGAUGGUUGCUCUACAGAACGAGCGCUCAGAGCGCAUCCGUAGUCUCUUGGAGAAACAGGCUCGGGAGAGCGAAGCUUUCGACUCUGAAAGCAUGCGUCUGGGCUUCAGCAACAUGGUGCUUUCCAGCUUGGCUUCGUCCGAUGGCCACAGCCACAGCUUCCCUGGGGCACAGAGUAGCUGGGGCUCCCAGCACGGUGCAAGCUCUCAGGGGUCACACUGGGGAGGUGGCUCAAUCAGCGGAGGGCAGCAUGGUGGCAGCCAGCAAGGUCACCACCACCAUCAUUACCACCCAGGCCAGAGCAGCUCUAUCCAGCAGCCCUGGGGUCACGGCCUGUCUUCGGGCGGGCCACCUCCCUGGGGGCACCAUGGGUCUGAGGGCAGUCAGCGCCCGAGCGGGGGAGGUGGUGGGCUACGGAACAGUACCCAGGCGAUAAGGCGGCCCUCAGGGGGCCGCAGUGAGCAGGGGAUGAGCAGGAGCGCCAGCAUUGCCUCUCAGAUUUCCAAUGGCUCGCACCUGUCCUUCACGUAAGACCGCCCGCUGCUCUCCCACAACACCCAUCUUACAAUGACCCUGAAAGCCAUAGGGGAAGGGAUACAGGGGCACCAUGGUCAAAGGAGGACCUGGAGGGUAAAAAACAUUCUGCUUGCAGUCCUCUGUUUUUCUCACUUUUCUACCCACUCCUUUAUUUUUGUCCUCUGAAUUUAUUUUAUAUACCUAGUAAGCACAAGAAGUAAUCCAUUGUAGUUCCACUUAUAAGGAUGUCAGCCAGAAGGGCACGUAAAAGGUUCUGGCUGGAUUUUUCUUCAAAAAUCAAACUUAAGAUUGAACUUCAGAUGACUUUUUGAAGUCGUUUUGUGGUGAUAUUAAUAUGAUGAAUUUAGAGAGGUUUCUGUUUUAGUUUGAUAUGAGAAAGUCAGUGAUGGUGAGAUUUAAUAUAUGAAUGCUGUGUAUUGCCUCUCACAGGUGAGAGGAAGAACUCUGGGGACUGUAUGUAAGGAUUUUUAUCAUGGUCUUAUUAGCAGGUAGUUUCGGCUGUUUGUUGUUCAGGGAGAGUGGGUGUGGAGUACUUAUUUCCUUCCUUAGAAAUAUAGAUACAAAAGUAAACCAUUGCAGUUAUAUAGAAUAUAUACAUAUGUAUAUGUAUAUAGACAGUAUUCUCUACAUACAGUUGAAGUCAGAAGUUUACAUUCACUUAGGUUGAAGUCAUUAAAAAAAAUUUUUUAACUACUCCACAGAUUUAAUAUUAGCAAACUAUAGUUUUGGCAAGUUGUUUAGGACAUCUACUUUGUGCAUGACACGAGUACAUUUUCCAACAAUUGUUUACAGACAGAUUGUUUAACUUUUAAUUGACUAUAUCACAAUUCCAGUGGGUCAUAAGUUUACAUACACCAAGUUAUCUGGAAAAUUCCAGAAAAUUAUGUCAAGCCUUUAGACAGUUAGCCAAUUAGCUUCUGAUAGGAGGUGUACUGAAUUGGAGGUGUACCUGUGGAUGUAUUUUAAGGCCUACCUUCAAACUCUGUGCCUCUUUGCUUGACAUCAUGGGAAAAUCUAAAGAAAUCAGCCAAGACCUCAGAAACAAAAUUGUGGAUCUCCACAAGUCUGGUUCAUCCUUGGGAGCAAUUUCCAAAUGGCUGAAGGUACCGCAUUCAUCUGUACAAACAAUAGUACGCAAGUAUAAAGACCAUGGGACCACACAGCCAUCAUACCGCUCGGGAAGGAAAUGCAUUCUGUCUCCUUGAGAUGAAUGUAGUUUGGUGCGAAAAGUAAAAAUCAAUCCCAGAACAACAGCAAAGGACCUUGUGAAGAUGCUGGCGGAAACCGGUAGACAAGUAUCUAUAUCCACAGUAAAACAAGUCCUAUAUCGACAUAACCUGAAAGACUGCUCAGCAAGGAAGAAGCCACUGCUCCAAAACCGCCAUAAAAAAGCCAGAAUACAGUUUGCAAGUGCACAUGGGGACAAAGAUCUUACUUUUUGGAGAAAUGUCCUCUGGUCUAAUGAAGCAAAAAUUGAACUGUUUGGCCAUAAUGACCAUUGUUAUGUUUGGAGGUAAAAGGGUGAGGCUUGCGAGCCGAAGAACACCAUCCCAACUGUGAAGCAUGGGGGUGGCAGCAUCAUGCUUUGCUGCAGGAGGGACUGGUGCACUUCACAAAAUAGAUGGCACCAUGAGGAAGGAAAAUUAUGUGGAUAUAUUGAAGCAAAAUCUCAAAACAUCAGCCAGGAAGUUAAAGCUCGGUCACAAAUGGGUCUUCCAAAUGUAUAAAAACCCCAAGCAUACCCCAAAGUUGUGGCAAAAUGGCUUAAGGACAAGAAAGUCAAGGUACUGGAGUGGCCAUCACAAAGCCCUGACCACAAUCUGAUAGAAACUUUGUGGGCAGAACUGAAAAAGCAUGUACGAGCAAGGAGGCCCACAAACCUGACUCCGUUACACCAGUUCUGUCUGGAGGAAUGGGCCAAAAUUCCAGCAACUUAUUAUGAGAAGAUUGUGGAAGGCUACCCGAAACAUUUGACCCAAAUUAAACAAUUUAUAGGUAAUGCUACCAAAUACUAACAAAGUGUAUGUAAACUUUUGACCCACUGGGAAUGUGAUGAAAGAAAGAAAGAAAAGCUGAAAUAAAUAAUUAUCUACUAGUAUUCUGACAUUUCACAUUCUUAAAAUAAAGUAGUGAUCCUAACUGACCUAAGACAGGGAAUGUUUUCUAUGAUUAAAUGUCAGGAAUUGUGAAAAACUGAGUUUAAAUGUAUUUGGCUAAGGUGUAUGUAAACUUCUGACUUCAACUGUACAUAUAAGUAUAUAUACAUAUACAACACCCAUAGAUUAUAUAAACUAGGUUGGAUACCAGAAUGUGAAAGAAUCAAGCUUUACAGUGCACUUGAUUUUGUUUAGUUUAGCUUAAACAAAUGCAGAAGGUGAUAUUAAUUAACACAAAGCACUAAUGUUUUAAAAUGUGUUAAACAGUAUGCUUUACUUUUUUUGUGCCACAAUACAUUUUAGCUGUGAAAAUAUACUGUGAAAUUCCAAGACAUUAGCUGCCAGGAUUGUAUAUUUUGAAUGAUUAUCUUAUGAUGGCUGUAAUUGUUAAGAAUGAAUAAGGGACCCAUGUAUGUCACCUUGCAUUGCCAUCCUUCCACAGGUCCAGACAGCCAAAAACACAAGUCUGGGGAUAGAGAGUAGGGUGCCAUUUUGCUUUUAAAACAUGAGAAUAAAGCCUAAAAUACUGCUUUUCAAUCACAGUGAAUGUAUUAACAAAUCUUAUCUUUCUAUUGGCCAAAAGCACAUGGAUGGGCAAGUGUUUUAAUGUGGAGAUAUUUUAGAGGAUUUUAAAAGUAGGGGUUUUGCUGUCUUGGGUUGUAUACAUGGGUGAAUCUAAGUAAACUCAUAAAAUAAUGUCAAAAAGCAAAAAAAUAAAUAAAAAAUAAAAAAUAAUAUGAUCUUAAAGACUUCUGCAAAACAAAAUUUCUUAUUUUUAUUUUUUUACUUUUGUGAAAUAUGACCUCCAUUUUUUUUUUUUUUUAUAUGAGAUUCACCCAAAUAGAGUGGGGAAAAAAACAGCAGGAUUUUGCAUAUGUACAUGAAUGUAAAAGCAUGUCAGCAUACCUCCUGAAUAACAGUAUGGCAAGAGAUGUUCCAGUAUAUUAAUGUUAAUUUUAGUCAUUUGAUUUAGAGAUGCCAAAGUUAACAAUCACAACUAUGCAAGAGGAGAAUAGCCUGUCCUGUUCACUUUUGUGUUUUUACCUCUUUAUUCUGCAAACUUUCAUUGCAAAUCUGAGCUUAAUGUCACAGAAAAGCACUUUACAAUCUCUUUCUAACCUUCCACUUUAUUGAUCACUACAAUCCAAUACGAGCAGGUCUCCUGAACCUCUGGUGCCCCCUCCUCCCCUUUCUCAGCCUGGGUUUCACAAGAGUGUGUUGUGUGGAUUUCAAGGGUGGGGAGGUCUGGGUUGGGCAGGCUUGAGACCACUGAAUGUUUUUGUUGGGCGGGUGGGCGCCGCUGCUGUUGUCCCUGCAAUGCCUUUGUCUCUUCCACGUCCACCCCAGAGCCCCGGUGACUGCUGCCUGACUUCCACCCUCCAACUGAACACUUACCACAUCAUGUAGAAAAAGUGAGAAAACUACAAGGAAAAAGGUCAGAAAUAGAUACUAAAACAUUGUUAUGGUGGAAGGGUAUAUAGUCAGGAGACUGCUUUAAGUGGGAUGUAUAGGAACAAGUUUGUGUAUAUUGUAUAUUUAGAAAUUUGAAUAAAUGGAAAUCAAGAGUCAAACCCAAGUUAAAUUAGACAAAAAGGUAAUUGCUUGAAUGUGAAGAAAAAAACAACAACAACAACAACAAAAAAACAACUUGGUUUAUAAUAUUGAUUAUUUAAAAAGGAAAAAAAAGAUAUAUAUACAGUAUAUACACAAAGCAUAUUCUCAGAAGUGUCAAGCAAAGCCAAACCCCCUGCAAUUAGACUUCUCUUUAUCUGGACUGUUCCAUUGUCAUCUCUUUGCUUCUUGUGGUCUUUGCUUUCAAAGGUGUAAAUUACCAUAUUCACCAGUUCCAGUACUCAUGUUCUGUUAUCUCUGAACCAGCAGAGUGGAAUUUAAUCUUCUGAAAUUUAAGUCAUUUUUUUAGUUUCAUUCAAAACAUAUAACUGCCAACAUGCUGAUCACAGAAUGGAUUCCAGGACCUUGGUGCAGUAGCCUUUCAGAUUUAACAUUGUUUUAUAUUGGACUACAUUCUGUUUGAGAGAUUGAAUCAUGCUCUUGGUCAUAUAGAGCACAAUUGUCCUCCCUUAACCAUCUUGCUUGGCACACUGCUGGUAUAUGCAUGGAAUUACAGAUUACAUGAAAUGCCAUGAAGCUUUCUCAGUCUACAAGUAUAAGCAACUGAGCCAAUCUUGGGCCAAAUGUAACAAAUUAUCAUGGCCAUGACAUCUUCUGAAACUUGCCAAUUAUUUAGUCAGAUUCUUUAAGUACUUUAAUUGAAUCACUGGACCCAAGGAGCAGCCAUAGACUCAAAAUGUCAUAACAGCAGCUUUGCUUUUUGAAAGUGACAUUCAGGUCACAGUCAUUCUCCCAUAGUUUAUGCCUGAAUGACAAAGCAGGAUCAUGCAGUAUGUUUGAAAAGAGAGAGAGAGAUGUGCCCUUAUAUUAAAGAGAGUCGAUUUCUUUGAAAGCCCUUAUCCUUUUUAUUGACCCUUUAAAGCGUGAAAAUAAUGGGAUGAGUAAUAAUUGGGGGUACAUCUCUUUACCUUGCGUUUACCAGUAUUCCAUCUGUUUUGUUUUGAUGGCCAUUGUCUCCUUUUUCCUGCUUCAACAUUACCGUAACAAUCCAUCUAUAACCUGUAUUAAAAUGUAUAGAUUGUGAAAAAACUGAAUGUUGGAGAGGUUACAAAAAUUGUUAUAACAAAACAAAAAUAAAAUCUUAUAACAUGUUAAUUAAAUUGUACAAAAAAAUCUGAAAACUUAAGGGGACAAAUGUAAUGUUUUGUUUGUAAUUACUCCUUUUGUUGGCAGAGGGCUACUGGACAAACAAUCAACUGUAAUAAAGUAAUUUUAGUA